GAAGACGUUGGCACAGUAUAGACCGGGAGUAGGAGGGAGUAAUCGAAAGCAGGACCGGCAGAUCAGAAGACUUACCCGAGUGUACAAUGAACAUCUCUACAUCCACCGUUGUCACCAGAAGAAGAGGAGGCAAGGCCCACCAGCCGGAAGACGAGGAAAACGCCGCAGAGUUGAAGUUGGGUCCUGAAUUCCAGCUCGAACAGGUCGACCACCACGGAGAUGUGUCCAAACUAAUCACGCUCAACUUAUCAGAGGCCCGUAUAUUGAUCCGUGCAGCUCUCAAGGAGCGGAUGGAGAUGAUUUCGAAGUUGAACGGUGUUGAAAUCGACACUUCAGACCCAUCGGGCGAGCCGGACGACGACCAGCUAGCCAAAUUGUCCACAGCACCAGGCGCAAACGAGAUAUUGCGCAAGACACUCGACCAUCUAUCGAUGUUCUCCAGAUUCAAAGAUGUCGAAACGUGCACAGCAGUGGAAACUUUGCUUAAAAGUGAAGAGAACUCUAUUUUGCACCCGUUCGAAAUUGCCCAGCUGGGCUCCUUGUCAUGCGAAGAUAUAGACGAAGCCAUCACAUUGAUCCCAAGCUUGAACGAUAAAAAAGAUCAGCUAGAUCUUCAGAGGAACCUCGACGAACUAAAUAGACUCGAAUCAAACUUUGCCUAAUUUUGGCAAACAUUCAUGAAUAUACAUCGUGUAUACUGUAUUUUACGCUUUUUACUAAAAGAAUAUAUUUAAACUUACAUUGUUCCUGUUUGUAAUUCCUUGACCCCUCCUUGCGCUCACACAUUUCUUCUAGAGUCAAAAUGCCACAGAAAUAGGCUCUAGAGUUGAUUAUGCUAUUUUGUUGUGU